CCCGAUUUACGUCGCCCCCCAGAGUGACGGGCGGAAUCAACCAAUGGCGUCGUGACGAAGGUUGAAGUAGCCCCCUCGCGGUUGCCCCGCGGAUCCUGCCUUUACUGAAUAUUCAUGAAGGAGGCGGGUCCACGCUGCUUCAAGCCGCGACUGGCGCCAUGAAGCUCAACGUGGACGGGCUGCUGGUCCAUUUCCCAUACGACUACAUCUACCCGGAGCAGUUCUCCUACAUGCUGGAGCUCAAACGCACGCUGGAUGCCAAGGGUCAUGGAGUCCUGGAGAUGCCCUCAGGCACUGGGAAGACAGUGUCCCUGUUGGCCCUGAUUAUAGCAUACCAGCGGGCAUAUCCACUGGAGGUGACUAAACUCAUCUACUGCUCGAGGACUGUGCCUGAGAUUGAGAAGGUGAUUGAAGAGCUUCGAAAGUUGCUUAGCUUCUAUGAGAAACAGGAGGGCGAGAAGCUGCCGUUUUUGGGGUUGGCUCUGAGCUCCCGGAAGAACCUGUGUAUUCAUCCUGAGGUGACGCCCCUGCGCUUUGGGAAGGAUGUUGAUGGAAAAUGUCACAGCCUCACGGCCUCCUACGUGCGGGCGCAAUACCAGCAGGACCACAGCCUGCCCCACUGCCGCUUCUACGAGGAAUUUGAUGUGCAUGGGCGCCAGGUGCCCCUCCCUGCCGGCAUCUACAACCUGGACGACCUGAAGGCCCUGGGACGGCGCCAGGGCUGGUGCCCAUACUUCCUUGCUCGAUACUCAAUCCUGCAUGCCAACGUGGUGGUUUACAGCUACCACUACCUCCUGGACCCCAAGAUUGCAGACCUGGUGUCCAAGGAGCUGGCCCGCAAGGCUGUCGUAGUCUUUGAUGAGGCCCACAACAUUGACAAUGUCUGCAUUGACUCCAUGAGUGUCAACCUCACCCGCCGGACCCUGGAUCGGUGCCAGGGCAACCUGGAGACCCUGCAGAAGACAGUGCUCAGGAUCAAGGAGACGGAUGCGCAGCGUCUGCGGGACGAGUACCGGCGCUUGGUGGAGGGGCUGCGGGAGGCCAGCGCCGCCAGGGAGACCGACGCCCACCUGGCCAACCCCGUGCUGCCUGACGAGGUGCUGCAGGAGGCGGUGCCUGGCUCCAUCCGCACGGCCGAGCACUUCCUGGGCUUCCUGCGGCGGCUACUGGAGUAUGUCAAGUGGCGGCUGCGUGUGCAGCACGUGGUGCAGGAGAGCCCGCCCGCCUUCCUGAGCGGCCUGGCCCAGCGCGUCUGCAUCCAGCGCAAGCCCCUCAGAUUCUGUGCCGAGCGCCUCCGUUCCCUCCUGCACACCUUGGAGAUCGCCGACCUGGCCGACUUCUCCCCUCUCACCCUCCUUGCAAACUUUGCCACCCUCGUCAGCACCUACGCCAAGGGUUUCACCAUCAUCAUCGAACCCUUUGAUGACAGGACCCCGACCAUUGCCAACCCCAUCCUGCACUUCAGCUGCAUGGACGCCUCGCUGGCCAUCAAGCCUGUGUUUGAGCGCUUCCAGUCCGUCAUCAUCACAUCUGGGACGCUGUCCCCACUGGACAUCUACCCCAAGAUCCUGGACUUCCACCCUGUCACCAUGGCAACCUUCACCAUGACGUUGGCCCGGGUCUGCCUCUGCCCCAUGAUCAUUGGCCGUGGAAAUGACCAGGUGGCCAUCAGCUCCAAAUUUGAGACCCGGGAAGAUAUUGCGGUGAUCCGGAACUAUGGAAACCUCCUGCUGGAGAUGUCCGCUGUGGUCCCCGAUGGCAUCGUGGCCUUCUUCACCAGCUACCAGUACAUGGAGAGCACCGUGGCCUCCUGGUACGAGCAGGGCAUCCUCGAAAACAUCCAGAGGAACAAGCUGCUCUUUAUCGAGACCCAAGACGGGGCUGAGACCAGCGUCGCCCUGGAGAAGUACCAGGAGGCCUGUGAGAACGGCCGUGGGGCCAUCCUGCUUUCGGUGGCCCGAGGCAAAGUGUCCGAGGGAAUCGACUUCGUGCACCACUACGGGCGGGCCGUCAUCAUGUUUGGUGUCCCCUACGUCUACACCCAGAGCCGCAUUCUCAAGGCGCGGCUGGAAUACCUUCGGGACCAAUUCCAGAUUCGAGAGAACGACUUUCUCACCUUCGAUGCCAUGCGCCAUGCAGCCCAGUGUGUGGGACGGGCCAUCAGGGGCAAGACGGACUAUGGCCUCAUGGUCUUCGCUGAUAAGCGGUUUGCCCGGGCGGACAAGCGGGGGAAACUGCCCCGCUGGAUCCAGGAGCACCUCACGGACGCCAACCUCAACCUGACCGUUGACGAGGGGGUCCAGGUCGCCAAGUACUUCCUGAGGCAGAUGGCACAGCCAUUCCACCGGGAGGAUCAGCUGGGCCUGUCCCUGCUCAGCCUGGAGCAGCUGGAGUCAGAGGAGACGCUGCGGAGGAUAGAGCAGAUCGCGCAGCAGCUGUAGCGUGAGGGGGCUGGGACCAUAAAAAGUGUUUGUGGUGA